AUGGCGGAAAGCGAUGGGCAGGAAAAGGUACGAUGGAUUGCAACAGUAAUCGUGAGUUCCUCACUUCAGGGUCAUGAAAUUUCAGUGUCCCUGCAAAACCAGCAACACCGGAUUCGUUAUUCAGAUUCAGUGGGAAACGGAUCGAUCAUUUUCUCCCUUUCUGGUGUUGCGUUUUUAUUGGCUGAUGUUCAAGACUCAUUUCUCCCAAAUAGAGAUAUGUUCUUUGAUAGAAUAAAGAAGUUCAUGACCAUUCAUAGGAAUGGAUUUUUGUUGUUGUCAGCUGCCCUUCAUGGACCAAAAGAAUGGGAUGUAAUGUUCAGAAUUCAGCAGAGGUUCCUGGGUAGCAAUUUACGAAUAAUUCCUGUCCACAAUUCUGUUGAAGCUGUUAAACUUAUGCUGACUAUUGCAAAGACCACUUCAAAACCAUACGUGGACAACAUUCGCUAUAGAAUGCUAAUGGCAAAAACACAGAUUGGAGAGCAAAGCCCUGUUUGGAAAAUGCUUCAUCAGAGCCAACUUGAUUGCAACUUAAACACUAGUUAA